AUGCUCCUGAUGAACCGGCGAGCCUUAUCAGCACGAUCUCUUCGCGAACAAACGCACUGCCGCAUGCUCACAACGCAACCAAAUGCGCAACGCCCAGAAUCGCUCAAGCAGCAACAUCAGCCGCACCAUGACUUGCCGGCGUACAAAGGUCAAAGUUACGACGAGGUCGUGAAGCUUCGCAAACAGUAUCUAACGCCAAAUGUGACCUCCUACUACAAGAAACCGUUGCUGAUACACAAAGGCCGUGGGGCGCAGCUGUUCGAUCAGGAGAAAAGCUACCUGGACAUGUUCGGUGGCAUCGUCACCGUUUCCGUCGGCCACUGCCAUCCGAAGGUAAAUGCCGCACUGGAAGAACAGCUGCGUACGCUCUGGCAUACGACCAACAUUUACAUGCACCCGAAACUGCACGAGUACGCGGAAAAGCUGGUGGCCAAAUUGCCCGGCGAUCUAAAGAACGUGUACUUCGUCAACUCCGGCUCGGAGGCCAACGAUUUGGCCAUGAUGAUGGCGCGUCUGUACACGGGCAACCACGACAUCAUUAGCUUCAGAAACGCAUACCACGGUGCGUCCCCAUACACGAUGGGUCUGACGGCGCACUCUACCUGGCGGUAUCCGCUUCCCGGUCUUAACAGUGGUAUCCUGCACGCGAUGAAUCCCGAUCCGUACACCGGCAUCUGGGGCGGUCAGCAGUGCCGAGACUCGCCAGUCCAAACCACACGCAGCUGCGACUGCCAGCCGAAUGAGUGUAAAGCCUCGGACAAGUACUACGAGCAGCUGGAGCAAAUAUUUAAAUACUCGCUACCGCGCGGCAAGGUGGCCGCAAUGUUUGCCGAGUCGAUUCAGGGCGUCGGUGGCACCGUGCAGUACACGAAGGGAUACAUAAAGCGUGCCGCGGAGCUCGUCCGGGCCAACGGUGGGCUGUUCAUUUCGGACGAGGUGCAAUCCGGUUUCGGUCGCACCGGAGAACACUAUUGGGGCUUCGAAGGGCAUGACAUCGUGCCGGACAUAGUGACGAUGGCAAAGGGCAUCGGAAAUGGGUUCCCGAUCGGUGCGGUCGUUACGUCGCGCAAAAUCGCGGACGUCCUUUCCCAGGCCUUACACUUCAACACCUUCGGUGGCAACCCGCUCGCGUGUGCCGUAGGAAUUGCAGUUCUUGAUGUUAUCGACGAGGAGGAAAUGCAAAAGAACUCGCUUGAGGUGGGCACCUACUUGCUGAAGGGGCUAGAAAAGCUACGCGACAGGCACGAUGUUAUUGGGGAUGUACGCGGCAAGGGAUUGAUGAUUGGUGUGGAGCUGGUUGCCGAUAAGGAGACGCGACAGCAUUUGAGCGCACCGCAUUUCGUCGAUAUCUGGGAGAUGUGCAAAGACAUGGGCGUCUUGUUCGGGCGCGGCGGUCUGAAUGCAAACGUACUGCGCAUUAAGCCACCGAUGUGUGUUAAUCGAACCGAUGCUGACUAUGCGCUAGCAGUGAUCGAUUACUGCUGCGAUCAGCACAUGAAGAAACGGAAGCGAGGCUCUAGACGUUAG